AUGAUACCAAGAGACGGUGCAUUAACAGCAUUAGCUCGCUUUUGUGUCAAAUAUUGUUAUCAAGGAAAAAUUGGCACAUUUACAGUUGAUCAUAUUAUGAAAAUGGCUCGUUUAAUUUUGGAUACAAACUAUUUUGCUUAUAAUGAUAAAUAUUAUAAACAAAUUCGUGGUGGAGCUAUGGGCUCAGCAUUUACACAAGUUUUAGCAAACAUAUAUCUCAUGGAAUGGGAACAAGAUUUAAUUGAACAUCAAAUAGAACAUCAUGAAGUCUAUAGAGGAUAUAUCGAUGGUAUUUCUAUGACAACAAAUAAAUCCAUCGAUGAAAUUAAUGUUGAACUUGAAAAAGCCAAACGUAAAGAUAUUAAUAUCAAAAUUGAGCCUACAAUAAGUAAAUCUGUUCAUUAUCUCGAUAUAACUAUCACAAAUGAAAAUGGUCAACUAAGAACAUAUAUGUUUCAUAAACCAACUGCCGAACCUUAUAUUUUACCAUAUAAAUCAGAUCAUCCACGUCAUAUGCAUCGAAACAUUGUCUAUGCAGCAUUAUUACGUGCUGCUCGUAUCUGCUCACACGUAAAUGAUUUUAAUUCCGAAUGUGUUCGUAUUGAUCUAUCAUUAUUAUUAAAUGGUUAUCCACCACAUUUUAUUACUCAACAAUUCAAUAGAUUCUUUUAUUUAAAUAAUAGACUAUCUAUAUUACAACAAAUAAAUGAACAGGUUUACUCUCGUUUACAUCACAAUUUAUUAUAUCAACCAACACUUCGUGAGAAAAAAUUUCAAGCAAUGAUGGAAGAUCCAAUUAAAACACCAUUGGUAUUAUAA